UGUUCAAACUACUAAUUGAAGUGUGUACACCGUAAAGUCUUGUAUAAAGGCCGCGGCUUCUAUGACUUUCUUGGUGAAAUUUUGCAGGCUUCUAUAUGAGACAGGCUUCUAUACAAGACAGGUAUUUCUAUGUAUGUCAACACUAAAAUCAGGCUUAUGUGUGAUUUGAUGGGCCCAAAAUUGCGGCUUCUAUUCGAGGGCGGCUUCUAUUUCAAGUGCGGCUUUUAUACAAGACUUUACGGUAGUUUUAUUUGAAUAUGUGUUGACUUCUUCUUAAAGGGGAAGUCCGGUGAAAAAUUUAAAUUUCAGGGUCGGUAGAGUUUCGGCCGCUGAGUCGAAUGGUGUUGUCCCACGUGUCUCCAACAAAGCGUUCUCGAGAUAUUUCCGUUUGAAAAACUGAGUUUCGGGGGCUGCGCCGUGACGUCAUGCGGCCGCGCCACACCCUCCGCAACGUCAUAGCGUGCAGCUAGGUCAAAAGGAGUGCGUGAAAGCAAUAGUGUCAGUGCUAUUUCAAAUGAUUUGGCAACCCAUAGUAGGUGGUGCAAGCGACUCCGAAGACGUAACUCCUUGUGAGAGUGAGGAUGCAGCCAUGGCUGACCUUCAUGAGUUCGGUCUGGGGCUGUGAACCUCGGUAUUCAGCUGAAGAAAUGGCCGCGCGGGCCGGUCAAGAGUGAGCGCUACUGAGUGUCCGACUGAUGAAGAAACAGCAGCUAUUGCAGACGAGGUUGAUACAAUUAUCAGAUCGCUGGAGAGCAGAGUCGCCAAAAUGGAGAAGAGUGAUGCGAGUGCUCUAAAUGUUGUUCCAUACCGAUUCACUUAGACUCCAGUAGCCUGCCACAUGGUGAUGUUUUGGUGCGAACUUGACAUAUUUCGGACUACUCAAUUGGAGAACAGUGCAGGCUCUUUGAACCACGGGCACGACUCUUCGCUCGCAACGCUACGGGACCUGAAAGUUCUACAUGUAGGUCCGGGAGCUGUUCGCUGUUUUGUCACUUGUCACGGUUGUGCACUCAUCGCUGUAGCAUAAAAUAAUGAGGCGGGAGCGGAAAACUAAAUUUUUCUUUCUCAAACUCAAAGCACAACCGCGGCACCGGCAAGGAGAAACGCUCGUUCUCUGACUACAUGACUGUUCAAUGCGACUGAUACGAGUGUAGUACAUGACAAGUCCGUGUGUUGACUAGUUUUCUGAGUCUUGUGACUCGAGUCUUGUUGUACCUACCCCAGCACGGCAGUGCGGGAGUAGUUCCGUGUGUGAUGAGUGGGUGCUAGCAUGCACGCAGCGCAUUUGUAGAGCCGUAGAGGCCAGUGCAUGCCGACGUCGGAAAAAGUCCAACUCGGAAACGGCUAAAAAUACAGUAUAACCUCGAGGUUUACCGAGCUGAAAAUCACAGGGUACCUAGUGUUUGUAACACUGAAUCGAAUGGUCUUGGUCCGAAGAAGCUGCGACAAACAGUUUCCCAAUCGAACGCGCUCCGAAUUUGGCCAUUUUGUACACAUCUAGAUGUUGUGGCUACCUGGCUGCACGCUGUGACGUCAUCACCUGGAUCUGGGUGAGGCGCGCUCAAAUUCGCACAUGUUCGAUUGGGCGUAUCUGACGAACCAUAGGCCGCAGCCUCCUCAGACAAAGACCAUUCGACUCAGCGCCCCGAACUCUACGGACUGUGAAAUUUAAAUUUUUCACCGGACUUCCCCUUUAAAACAGCACCCACUACCUACCAUACUUCGUGGUGCAUUCCAGCCGAAAUGAUGCAGUUUGCACCUUAAAUUGGUGUUUUGAUGGAUCUGAAGUAAUUAUGACCGAUGAUAUUGUCAUCGGUAAAUGCCACCGUCAGUGUUUCCGACAAGGCAAUGGACUGCCCAGCCGCCAAUUCCCCCCCCCCCCUUUUUCUUAGUAGCAUCGGUUGUCAAAUUAGUAGGGCUGAAACGAAAUGCUCAGUGAAGCGAACGAAUAUUCUUUUUCUGAAUACACGUGAAACGAAGAAUAUUCCGAAUAUUCUAAACCAUACAAUAUCCACGGAGCCCUACUUGCAUCCAUGAUAACCAUAGACCAUCAACUGGUUGCGACCCCAACUGCAAGAGAGAUAUUUGAAAAGGACCUUGUUACUAUUUGGCUUGAUGAUGAUAACACAUGGAAGGAGGCAAGCCUGCUCAUAUUCUGCACCAAGCCUAUUUGAUAUCAAAAAGGCGAGAUAAUGUACAUUAAUGGUACGAAUAUUCUUUUUCCGGUCAGCCCUGCAAAUGAGCCCCAGCAUUAUGCUUACCUGAGACAGAAGGCUUGUUUGUUUGUUUGUUUGUUUGUAUUCUUUAUUUAAGGUAUUAUUUAAGGUAUUAAGGUAUUUUCUAAAAAGAAAAAAAGACACCAGUAAGAAGUACCAUGGUGGUGUCCAGUGCUGUCAAUCUGAUCAUAAAUUGGUUACCGUUAAAAGAAGAACAUCAUCAGACUCUAGUGUCUUCUCAGGUUACGUUUGGUUGGUCACAUUCCCAAAUGGGAAUCACUUGGAAUCACUCGGAAUCAUUCUCGCCCGUUUGGUUGGUCAAAAAAGUGCGUUAGGUUGGUCCCAUUCCAGCAUGGGAAUCACUUGGAAUCGCUCAGAAUGAUUCCUUUUGGGGAAUGCUCAUUCCACGUCACAGGCUGGAAUGAGCAUUCUCAUUCCGCGAUCGAAUCAGAUAAUGGCCGGCACGGGCGAAGUUUUCUCCUGGUCGGAGAAGUUGACAAAGGACUUUCUGGAGAUUUAUUCCCAGUAUCAGGAGAAGUUCUCGAACGUAAAUUUCAAGAGUUUCUUUCUGUGGCAGGAAAUUGCCAGACUGCUCCGAGAGAGUGAUGCAGAUCGAAAUGUUUGGCCGAGUGAUAAGCAGUGCAACAAUCGAUUCAAGUCACUGAAAUCGAGUUCGCAGAAGUACCUCGACUCGUUGAAGGAGACCGGAGCUGGCAAGAAGAGGAGGUAGCCGCCAUUCCAUAAAGAGAUCAUGGAUUUGAUCGGCAGCAGAAGCAGCGUUGUGCCCCCUUCAAUUGCCAGCUCCGGGAGCAUCGUUUCGUCGAUUGCCUCCUCACAACCGAUUUCACCUCCACCCGCUAUGCAUACUUACGAAGAUGACGACGUUACCGACUUUGAAAUGAACAAUGAUGAUGAUGACAAUCGUGGUACAGUGGCCACUGCCCCGACGGAUCCUAGGAUCCCGACAACACCUGUCGCAGCGCAAGCCCCAACACCAGUCUCAACAACAACACCAAAACAACCAAUAGUAUCUGGCUGCGCCUCAAAGGCUCCAUUGAAGAAACGACGCAAGCGCCCGCCCACACAAAGUUCACAAAUUCAAGAGUUCCUGAAAAACCAUGAAGUAAAAGAAAGCCGCCGGGAGAAGGAUAGAAAGAAGCGGGACAAGAAGAAGAUGCGUAUUAUGGAGGGAUUUCUUGCCAUGAUCCAGAAUGCGUUGGGUGGCAAGAGAAAGAGGAAGAAGAAACGAGGACAGCGCCAGCAUGAGUCAGAAAGCAGCAGUGACAGUAGCAGCGACAGCAGCAGUGACACCACACACGCCAGUAGCCACUACAGUGAGCAAUCUGAUGCUGAAGAUGACUUAUCAGUUUCUAUCUUUGGGUCAUCCUAAUAAAGUUAUUAUUAUUAUUAUUAUUAUUCUGUAAUGCUUUAAAAUUGAAUCUGUUUUUUUGCUCUGAACUACAGAGUAGGAGUAGGGGCAUGUUCGAUUGGUAAGGAUCGGGAUCCAGAUCUCAGAUCCGUCGGAUCCUGCAGAGUCAACUGGACACUUUUUGGGGCCUUGACUGUUGCCAUGUUGACGAAAGUAAUAAAAAGUCGUACUCACCGCGCCAGUUGUACAAAAAGUCAGCAAGCUCUAUCUCGAUCCACGUGUGCGUACCACAAUGUGUACAAAAACGAUUUUUACCCGCCAUAUACGCACAAAGGUCACAUUUGGAUCCGGUCAACCCUGCUCCCCGAGGUGGGUUGACCGGAUCCAAAUCCGAAGGAUCCGGAUCCAGAUUCGACCAAUCGAAAGGGUGCGAAUCCAGUGGAUCCGGUGGAUCGGGAUCCCGAUCCUACCAAUCGAACAUGCCCUAAGGCUAUGAUCGUUUGGUCGGAUCCAGAUCUAGAUCCAAAUCUCAGAUCCGUCGGAUCCUUCAGAAUCAACCGAACACUUUUUUGCGGACCUUGGCUGUUGCCAUGUUGACGAAGUAAAAAAUGGCGCUGACAGGUCACCCAAAAAAGGCACAAGUCGUACUGAUCGCCCGCGUCGUACGAAAAGUCAACAAAAGUCCACUGGACGUGCGACAAUGAGUAUAAAAAUGAUUUUUACCCACCAUAUAGGCACAACGGUCACAUUUGGAUCCGAUGGAUCCAGUCAACCCUGCUCCUGGAGCAGGGUUGCUCGGAUCCAAAUCCGAAGGAUCUGGAUCCGGAUUCGACCAAUCGAUCAUUGCAGAUCCAGUGGAUCCGAUGGAUCUGGAUCUGGAUCCGACCAAACGAUCACGGCCUAAGGCUAUGAUCG